GAUAGAUUUUACGGCAGUGUGUGUGUGACAGUGAGACGGGAAGGAGUUCUAGUAUCUCCAACAGCUUGAACCAAAUGUGGAGCAUAGCAGUGUAUGGCUGAUUGUGACACCGGGUGAGGGAACCGACUGGUGUCCACCGCCCUGCCCCGUGACUUCUGUUCUCUUCAGAGUUAUUAUUAGUCUUGCACACACGCUGCAUGGUGUGGGUAUUAUGGGUGUUUAAACUGUAUUCCCUUGGUAGAUGAGACACAACAGGAGGAUGAUGGAGAGUGAGAAGAUGGAGAGUGCAGAGCGGAGAAGAGUUGAAGGGAGACAGGAGGGGGAGGAGGCUGAGUUUGACCUGCUGCGGGAUGACACGCCAGGCCCUGAGUUUGCCAAUGACCUCUCACGGUCCAACUCAUCCCCCAUCAUUGGGAACAGCCCAAUGCAUGACUGGGAGAGUGAGAAGACCACUGAGAAAGAGUUCUUUGAUGAUGGUACCAUGACCUAUUUCUGGCGGGCACACACGCUCACCACUCUGGUGUUCAUGAUAUGCUUCCUACUGUAUGAGGCGCUCACUCCUCCCGAUGAGGACAUGGUUGACAACACCAAAAGGGGUAUUGUUGCCAGUCUGUCUGCCUUCAUCCUCUUAGGUGUAACAGUCACUCCUGAUGGCCCAUUCAAGCGGCCACACCCGGCCAUCUGGCGCCUCACCUUCAUCAUAUCCAUCGUUUAUGAACUCGGCCUCAUAUUUGUUCUCUAUCAGAGUGCCUCAGGGGCACGACAGCUACUAAAGCACAUCGACCCCAAGCUUGGGGAGCCCAUGGAGGAGAAGGACUAUGGGGGAAACUGCCGUCUCUAUGACCAUGAGAGACCAGAUGACCCUUUCCAUAAUAUUAAGGACAAGGUGGACUUGUUUGUGCCUCUCCAUUUCUUUGGCUGGUGGAUGAAGACGCUGCUGCUGCGGGACUGGUGGCUGUGCUGGGUGGUGUCUGUAAUGUUUGAGCUGUUGGAGUACACUUUGGAACACCAGCUGCCCAACUUCUCAGAGUGCUGGUGGGAUCAUUGGAUUAUGGAUGCCCUAGUGUGUAAUGGUCUGGGUAUCUACUGUGGCCUUCAGUCUCUAAAGUAUUUCUCCAUGAAGAUUUACCACUGGCGAGGACUCUGGAACAUUCCUUCAUACAGAGGAAAGCUGAGGCGCAUCAUUGCUCAGUUUGGUCCCUAUGUGUGGGUGGACUACGACUGGAAGCCCCUGUCAUCCCUUGGCAGGUGGUUCUCUGUUCUUGCUAUCAUUGCCAUGUUCCUGAUCACUGAACUGAACACAUUUUACCUCAAGUUUGUAUUAUGGGUGGAGCCAGGCCACUGGGUCAACCUGGUGCGUCUCAUCUUCAUCCUGCCUUGGGGUGCUGUUGCUCUGAGAGAGGUUUUCCAGUUUCUUGAUGAUCCAGAUAUCACAAAGUUUGGUCGGCAAUCAUGGCUCUUCCUGUCAAUUGUGUGCACAGAGCUGCUCAUUGUGAUCAAAUUUGGCUGGGACACCGUAACUAUUCCAUUCCCAAGACAUGUGAUCUCCAUGUGGCUGGGAUUCCUGGUGUUGCUGGUGCUGUGGACGGUGUGGAACUUUUACAUUAACCCUCACACAUUCAAGGUGGACAGCAAGGAUAUUGAGCGGCGCCGGGAACACUGGAUUCAAGUGCGUGCGAUUGAAACAAAGCUCAGCCCUUCGGAGUCAAGGCUGUUUGACCCACAGUUCUUCUUUAAGAAGUUCAUGCAGAGGACCAAGGAAGAUUGAUGACUGUUUUGAUUAUUACAUUCUAAAAUUACCAAUGCAUAUAUGGUGCUCAGAUAUCUCUACGUACAUGUACACACACACACACACACACACACACACACACACACACACACACACACACACACACACACACACA